CUGCGGGACGGAGGCAACAUGGGGACUAGAAUGGGGUCCAGAAUGGGGUCCAGAAUGGGCUCUCGAAUCUUGACGAGCGACGAGGAGGACAGCAUGAGGCUAUUCAGCUCGCAGAGCGAGGAGAACAACCAGUCCACGCCGAAAACCAAGGAUGACGACCGAGGUAUUUAAACUUGCGGCCGGGGCGGGAAGCAGGAAGUGGAUCGUUUCGGAUACUAUCAAAUGAUCAUGUUCUCGAUAAUCAGCCUGCCUCUGUUCUUGUCAGCAGGAUUCACGCUUGCUUACGUGUUCACCGCCGGCGAAGUUAAAUACAGGUGUUUAGUGCCGGAAUGCGAGGAUCCAGCAGACACGAGAUUCGACGUGCCGUGGGCGGUCGAUUCCGUUCCUGACGUCACAGAGAUGUCAAAGUGUACUCGCUACCUGGUUCGUAACAGUACGAACGACGGCGAGUGCACGAAUCGCUCGUUCAGCAACGUGACUCGCGGAUGCGACUCGUGGAUCUACGAUCCAUCGGAGAACACGAUACUGAGCGAGUGGGAUCUUACCUGCGACACGAAUCGAUGGAAGCUCACGUUGGUGGGCACGAUAAAUAAUGUCGGGCAAUUCGUCGGGCUGAUCUUCGCCGGAUACGUGUCCGACAGAUACGGAAGACGUACGAUUUUGACGCUCACCACGUUCCUGAGCGGAAUCAGCGGGCUGAUACAUUCCUUCUCCGUGAAUUAUUGGAUGUUUCUCGCGUUCGAAUUUAUCGACGCGACUGUCGGGGCCGGUAUCUACAGCGCUGGAUUUAUUUUAGGCAUGGAAAUGGCGGGAGUGAAAGGUCGAGUCCUGGCCAGCACGAUUGCCAGCUGCCUGUUCGCGGUCGGUGAGAUGUUACUGGGAUUGAUCGCGAUGUGGACGAGAUCGUGGCGUCUGAUUCUUCGAUUUGUGUACGGGCCGGCGUUGCUCGCCAUCUUGAUGCCCUUCUUGAUCCCGGAAUCGGUCAGGUGGCUGUUGGCUAAUGGGAAACACGACAAGGUCGAGAAAAUUUAUCGUAAAAUGGCUCGUCUGAACGGGCUGCAGAUUUCUGAGGAGGCGAUCGGAGCGUUCAAGGAUCUGAACAUGGUGAAGUCAGAGAAGACGGAGCAAGCAGCAGUGACAGAGAAGAAGAGUCCAAUCAUGCAAAUACUGAACAGUUCGGUGAUGAUGACGAGAUUGGUGGCUUGCUCGUUCUGCUGGCUGACGAACACAUUCGUCUAUUACGGGCUGUCGUUGAACUCGGUGGCCUUUGCCGGCGAUAAAUACUUGAAUUUCAUCCUGGUCGCCGUUGUCGAGAUACCGGCUUACUUUAUGACCUGGUUCAUGACCGAUUACGUCGGUCGCAAGGCAACUCUGUCGUCUUCUUUCAUGUUAAGCGGUGUUUUCUGUCUCGCGAUACAGUUCGUGCCGUCAGGCUCCUGGACCUUUGUUCCCCUGAUUCUGUACAUGGCUGGGAAAUGGUGCAUCACCAUGUCUUUCUCCACGGUAUACAUUUACACGGCGGAGCUGUUCCCAACAAACAUGAGGCACUCUCUUCUUGGAAUUUGCAGCAUGACCGGCCGCAUGGGGUCAAUAUUGUCGCCACAAACUCCACUUUUGGCGCAAAUCAUGCCGGAGCUUCCACUGAUUCUUUUCGGAUGUAUGGCCUUGUCCGCGGGAAUUCUGUCGCUGGUGUUCCCGGAAACGCUGGGAACCGCGCUACCGGACACGGUGACGGAGGCGGAGAACAUCGGGAAGUCGCGACCGAAGCUAGACGUCCAGGACUCGCCGUCUUAG